AUGCAAUGUGAGUAUAGAGACAAUGGUCUUUUGGCGAGCUUGCCUCCAGCUAUACCACUCUCUACACUUCUGUUGCUCACAUUUGUUAAUCUCCAGAUAUUCCCCUCAUUCACAGAGUACUCCUGGUCUCUACUCCACCCUAAUCCUGUCACCCCCCAAGGUUAUUUUGGUGGCAGUGUGGAUGGUCCAUACUACUCUGAGUUGACAGUUUCCCAAAGUGCGUUCUUUCAUUUAUGGGAGGUUUUAAAGGGUGUUGAGAUGAAGAGAAUAAAUAAGCUCUAUGACCAAAUAAAUUUGGGGACUGAUGAAUAA